AAAAACAUAAUCAUUCAAGAAAUCUUGUCUGCAUUUAAGUGAGAAAUGAAAACUAUUGAUUUAUAAAAUUUAAUUUAUAUUCAUUCACAUUUCCCUACACAUACAUAAAUAUGCAUAUAUAUACAUAAGUGUGUGAGUGUGAUAUAUGUAUAUAUAUAUAUAUAUAUAUAUAUAUAUAUAUGUAUAUGUAUACACACACAGAGACAGAAUAAUAAUAAUAAUAAUAAUAAUAAUAAUAAUAAUAAUAAUAAUAAUAAUAGGUCUGCAUGAUUUGCUCUGACAUGACAUGGCAUCAUCUACAUUGAAUUCUCAACCAUGGACAAGUCAAAGUAAUUCAGGGAUUCCAAGUCAAUGGAAAGUUUGUGUUGUCUGCAAAAAAACUGGACAUUUCAAGUCUCCAAAGGAGUUCUGUUAUCACCUGCGGAGUUUUCAUUGUUCCAAAGAAGGUGGAUCUUACGUUUGUCGAUAUGGUGUAAAUGAGGUGUGCCCUUCCUUACCCCUAGAAGGUGUAAGUGACAAAGAUUAUGAAGAUCAUGUUGUCCGGGACCAUGUCUAUGCUGGAUCAGGCUAUGGACGUAACAGUGGAUUUCUGCAAAAUUUCAAAACUGGUAUCAGUGAAUGCUCAUCACCACACUUGACCAGUAAUAAAGAACCUUCUGUAGUUCAAGACCAGUUUAAAUGGACAAUUUACAAUGCUACUGUUAAUCUACCAGCUGUUUUGAAUGAUCCACGAUUAGCUAAAAGAGAAACAGACUUUUUCACUAAAACUUGGGGGGAAUCAUUUGAGAAAAGGGAUAUUUCUCCUUCUCCUUAUUUACCUGAAGUGAAUCGAUCUCAUUUUGAAAAGUAUCUAAAUAAGUCAUCUGAGAAAUACAAAACACAUCUUCUGAAUUUAGAUCAGACAUCCAAACAGCAAGUUCCUGAUGCCAUAUAUUUGAAUUCAUUGAGACAUAUUAAGCAUUUAGAAAAAAAUCGUGCUGAAUUGGACCAGGUACCGAAGAUUUUCAUAGAUAGAAAUAAACGCAACACCACGGGUCUUAGCAAGUUAAUUUGGGAAGUUAAAGAUAACAACAUACAAUUUAAUGUAGACUGGUUAAUUCUCUCUACGUCUAUACCAUACGAUAAAGGUAAGAAAUUUUGCCCAUUAUGUAAUACGGAACUGUUCUUCAUUUUAUUCUCGAAGAAUAAACUGUUAAGCCAUUAUUUAGACACUGUUGAGGUUCAAAUUGGUGAACAGAUAUCUCUGCGUUCAGAAGCAUUCUUUCACGCGAUGACGUCUCACGAUGAAUUGCAGGAUUACAUGCAAGUCACAUGUCAGGCAAUAAAGCUACUCAGGGACAAAAUUCAUGCACUUGAAGAAACACUGGCAAAGGGGUCUUUAAAAAUAUUGAAGCUAUCAAGAGCAAGGACAAAUUAUGCAAAACUCCACAACAAGCUGAAAUUGAUAUCGACUGUACAUCAAACUCAACCAACAAUACAGUUACUCUUGUCAACUAAUGAGUUUGUAGGAGCCCUGGAUCUCAUAUCUACUACACAAGAAGUCUUAGCUCAAGAACUAGCUGGUAUUCAUUCUUUCAGGCAUUUGGGCUCUCAAUUAGCAGAACUUGAGAAAGUUAUUAACAAGAUGCUAUUAGCAGAACUUAAUAAAUAUGUUACUGCAAAACUAAAUCGGCCAACAGUUGAUCCGCAACCUUUAUCUGAUGAUGUAAAAUUAGCUGCUAUUGUACUAGGGAUGUUACGUGAACAUAAUUUUGAUUUUGUUGAUGUUAUUCGAGAAGAGUCAUUUAAAGCUCUAAAGGCUACAAUUAAGCAGUCUGUGAUUGAAGCUGUUGCCACUGCAGAUGACAUUGAUACUGAAGGAAAUGUAGGCUGCUUAGCAGAUCAAAUGAGGCUUCUAAAUUAUACCCAAUGGAUACAAAUGCUGAGAAAUGUUUUCUUUAAUAUAAUGGUCAUUGUUAACCGAGUAUUGGCUUUUCACGGCGUGAUAUGUCAUGUUGUUAUGAUAGCUGCUGGUCGCCCUGGUAAACCACCAUCAUUAAUUCAUUACUGUGGGGCAGAUGAAUGUGAAGAAGAAAAUGUAUUAGCAGCAACAGCAGAGUAUGAACAAGUGCCAGAACUUCUUCAUGUAUCAGUCAGCGAAGAUUUAGAUGUGAUGAUUUCUGAAGAGGAAUUCCAUGCUAUAUUCCAAAAUCUUCAGAAAAUGCUUAGUGCUGUUUGUGACCACGCACAUGAUCGCUGUGUAAAACUGAUGGUCGCGAGAGCAAAAGAUGGAUUUUUAGAAAAAUUAACGUCAAGUGAGUUUGUCACUUUAUCACGAGAAGUGGAAACAUUUGUAAGUGACUGUAUGAAAAAAUGUGGCCAUAGGAGCACAUCUCUUCGAGGAAGUUUGCAGAGCCAGGCAAACAGAUUUGUUGAACGAUUCCAUGAGGAGAGGAAAACUAAAUUAAGUUUAAUUCUAGAUAGUGAGCGGUGGAAACAAGCUGAUGUACCUGUUGAGUUUCAAGAAAUGGUUGAUAAUAUCAGUAAAACAGGAAAAAUGCAACUCCCAGAAAAAAGAAUUGACUUAAGUAAGAAACCUGGAGAAUUUAUUAUUGUGAAUAAAGAAAAAUAUGCAGUUGUUGGUACUGUCUUGAUGUUAUUGAAAAUGAUGGUUGAGUACUGUGAAUGUGUUAAAGAUAUCCCAGCUGCUGCACAAGACAUUGUCACAAGAUUGAUUGACUUGCUCAAGACUUUCAAUUCCCGUACCUGCCAGUUGGUUCUUGGUGCUGGAGCCCUUCAGUUAGUUGGUCUAAAGACAAUUUCUACAAAGAAUUUAGCUCUUGCAUCUCGCUGUCUGCAACUUGUUGUCUUUUAUGUACCAUUUGUAAAAAACCAUUUUAAAACAAGAUUAUAUGAUAAAAAACAUAUGUUAAAGCACUUGGAUCAGAUAACAAAGGAUUACACAGACCACAUAGAUGAAAUAUCAAAUAAAUUAGUUGCAAUUAUGGAUGUAUCAACAGAAUCUUAUAUUUUGAAGUGGGAUGCUAAGCCUCCAAUGCCAUCUCAGCAUUUUAGGAAUAUUUGUAAACAAAUGACAAAGUUUUAUGAAGUUACAAUAGACGUCUUACCUGAACACCAAGUAAAGAGUAUCUUUCAACGAAUUCAUAAUAAUUUUGUGACUCUUUUAAGACAACAAUUACUGGUACUGAAUGUCACAAAUGAUGGUGGACCACAGAAUGGGUUGGUCAAUGCAGACAUAAAUUUUUAUGAAAACAGCAUGAAACAAUUAAAAGGAAUUACUGAUAUAAUUAAUGAUUUGCAAACAGUUUGGAACACAAACCAUGAGAGAUGACUACUCCUUAAUUAAUUAAUUUUAUCUCAAACAUUUAUUGAAAUAAACUGUUUGGUUAACAAGUUUUGUUGAUUAAUCUAGUAAAAUUAAAAUAAUUAUGCUAAA